AUGUUCUGCAGGGAGGGUCUGAGCCCAAGGAAAAGUGAAUCCCCACAACCAAUCAUCUCCUCCAGGCACCGUGCUUGCAUCAUUCUAUCCACUGCCGCUGAGCCCUUGCUCGCGGAGACAUCACUUAUCGGAAGCCAAUCUGCCGAACAGGCUAUCAACUUCACUCUAUUCCGCAGCAUCCCACCCCGACUCCUACUACAACCAGGAGGCGAUCUUCGCUCACGACUUCAUUAG